AUGGCGGAAAUUCACGACGAGAAAAGAACACAGUGGAAAUUCACGACGAGAAAUGAACGCAACGUGAAACAAGCUGCUGCGGAGCUCUUCUCCCAAGUAGUGAAGAGGUCUAGAGACCUGGAUUUGACCCAGAAGCUGGAGCAGGAGAUCACUGAGCUGAAGAGGAAAGACGCUGAGCUGAAGCAGCUCUCACUCACAGAGGAUCACAACCAGUUUCUACACAACUACCCCUCACUGUCAGCACUCAGUGAAUCUACAGACUCAUCCAGCAUCAAGGUCCGUCCUCUGCGCUACUUUGAGGACGUGACAGCAGCUGUGUUAGAAGUCAGAGAUAAACUACAGGACGUUCUGAGAGAGACAUGGACAAACGUCUCACUGACAGUGACUGAAGUGGAUGUUUUACUGUCAGAACCAGAGCCCAGGACCAGAGCUGGAUUCUUAAAAUAUUCACGUAAAAUCACACUUGAUCCAAACACAGCAAACACAUGGCUGUUUUUAUCUGAGAGGAACAGAAAAGCAACAGCAAUGUGGCAACAACAGUCUUAUUGUACUCACCCAGACAGAUUCACUGAUUACUGUCAGGUCCUGAGUAGAGAGGGUCUGACUGGACGUUGUUACUGGGAGGUGGAGUUGAGAGGGGAAGAAAGUGAUGUAGCAGUCUCCUACAAGAAUAUCGGCAGAGCAGGGUGGUCAGAUGAUUGUGGAUUUGGAAACAAUGACAUAUCUUGGGCGUUAAAAUGUGAUGACAAUGGUUAUCACUUAUGGUACAAUAAACGCUGCACUCCCGUCUCAGGGCCUCAGUCCUCCAGAGUAGGAGUGUACCUGGAUCACAGUGCAGGUAUUCUGUCCUUCUACAGCAUCUCUGAAACCAUGACUCUCCUCCACAGAGUCCAGACCACAUUCACUCAGCCUCUCUAUGCUGGACUUCAGUUGUAUUAUUCUUGUGGAGCCACUGCUGAGUUCUGUAAAGUCAAAUAGUCAGAAGUCAUUUCAGGGACAGUUGGUUAAAUUCUGUGUUUUAAUCCUUAAACUUCUUUUGUCUUCAUGUUUGUUGCUGAGAGCUGAUUGUUGUGGCAUUUCUUCACUGCACAGAGAUCAGCUGUCAAUCAAACAUUGUGGGCGGUACUUUGACGUCUGGUCAUUAGUUGCUGUGUAAAUGUUUGAGUUUCUUUAGGUGGCGCUCCUUCCUGUGUCUGUUUAGCCAUGGAGGCUAUCACUGCUCAGGAUGACUUUUGUUCACCUGAACUGACAUUUCUCUGCAUGAAAAUGGAAAAACAGGCACAAUGCUUGGUUCAGGUGUUCAUCAGUUCAAGUAUCUAUAAUAGUCUGCAAAGUGGUGCGCAAUCAGGGACAAGAGAACCUCCCAGCAGUGUUUCCAUCUAUAGACAAUACUUCAAGAAAUUCCCUGUUGCACAACAACAGUCAGGUACUGAUUGUUGCAGGAUUUGGCAAUCAAAAAUCAAAAACAAGCCACCGCACACUGAAAUGACUUUACCAAGCUAAAUAUAUUGUGUUGAGUUACACUUGUGACUUCUUCAGGUUCACACAAUGCGAAGCUGAAGUAGUAGUGUCAAAUAGUGAAGUAAUUUCAGUGUGCUGUGGCUUGUUCUUGAAUUUCAAAUCCUGCAACCUACCAGCAGCUGACUCUUCUUACUCUGCAUGCAGAAUUUCUUGAUUUAUUUGCAUUGAUGAUUUUAUGUUGUCUUUAUUCCACUACAUGGGUCUUAAGAGAGAAAGCACCAGACCUCCUUCAUCAGAGAUAUUUUGUUCUGACUUGGUAAAGAAAUCUAUAAUUAUUUUUUAUUUGUUUGGCAGACCAGAUGUUGUUGUUGUUGUUGUCCAAAAUGACAUAAAAAUGAGGGACUGAGAUAUUAUAAAACUGUAAUUGUAUAAUUUUUUUGCCGUUGCCUAAAUAAACUCUAAACUGUA